AUGGAGAACACUGCUGCCGGAACACCUAGCCAGGUGGAAUACAAGGGCACCGAGUACAAUGUCAUCAAGGAGGGACUCGCGCAUAUUCUCAAUCCUCCUGCCCAGGAAGCUGCCUCCAAGGGACCAAAGAAGUUUUUGACAGAGAAUGACCAAUCUCAGUCCGUCUUCUACAACCCAAUCCAGCAAUUCAACCGCGACCUGAGUGUGCUGGCCAUUCGCGCAUAUGGCGAACAUGCCAUGGACCUGAAGAAAAAGAAGACGGACCAGAAAAUGAAAAAGCGCGCGGGCAAUGGUGAAAAGAAACGUAAGCGCGAAGACGAUGAGGCCGAGAGCGAACAGGCCCCGAGGCCUGCACCCAAGGAGGGAGAACAAGAGGGUAAUGCGGACGAGACCGAGCAGCCCGUCUCUGUCCAAGCCGGCCAGAAACCCGACGCAAACACCGAGAAGCAACACUCUCCGCCAGCUUUCACGGUUCUCGACGCCCUGUCGGCAACAGGUCUGCGUGCUCUCCGCUACGCCUCGGAGCUUCCCUUCGUCACCAAGGUCGUGGGAAAUGACAUGUCCGAGUCGGCAAUCAAGUCCAUGAAGACCAACAUUGGGUACAACAAGCUCGAGGACCGCAUCCAGCCUAAUCUGGGUGAUGCCCGCGCCUAUAUGUACGGACUCGACCACGCUGACAAGUUCGACGUGAUCGAUCUUGACCCUUACGGCACAGCAGGCCCAUUCCUGGACGGUGCCGUUCAAGCUGCCAAAGACGGCGGUCUCCUCUGCGUUACCUGCACGGACGCCGGUGUCUGGGCCUCAACUGGCUACUCGGAGAAGGCAUUCGCCCUGUACGGCGGUAUUCCCGUCAAAGGCCAACACUCGCACGAAGGUGGCCUCCGCCUGAUCCUGAACAGUCUGGCCAUGUCUGCCUCCAAAUAUGGAAUCGCCAUUGAGCCGCUCUUGUCUCUCUCCAUCGACUUCUACGCCCGUGUCUUCGUGCGCGUCUACCGCUCUCCCGCCCAAGUCAAGUUCAACGCUGGUAACACCAUGCUCGUAUGGAACUGCGACGCCGGCUGCGGCGCGUGGUCUACCCAGCCCAUCGGCUCGACAAAAGAACGCGCAGACAAGAAGGGAAACCCCUUCUACCACCAUGGCAUAACAAAGGGCCCAACCUCCGGCCCAUACUGCGACCACUGCGGCACGAAAACACACCUGGCCGGCCCAAUGUGGGCAGGGCCCCUCCACAACCCAAUCUUCAUCCAAAAGAUCCUAGACAUGCUCCCAGGCGCCGACAAACAAACCUACCAAACCACCGCCCGCAUCGAAGGCAUGUUGACCACAGCCCUGGAAGAAGACCUAGAUCUAUCCCCACCAUCCCAAGCCCCCUCCUCUCCAACCGCCAACCCGGAAGACGACGAAAUCAACAUCAAAACUGCCCCCCAAGACUCCCCCUCCGACAAAUCCCUCUACCCAGCCCUAAUCCCCCGCCAACCCCUAACCCCCAAACCCGAACACCCCUUCUACUUCUCCCUCAGCGCCCUCUCCAAAGUCCUGCACACAACAACUCCCCCCAUCGACGAAUUCCGCGGCGCCAUCGCCCACCUAGGCUACCGCUCCACACGCAGCCACACAAAACCAAACUCCGUCCGCACUGACGCCCCCUGGGCCGUCGUCUGGGAGAUCAUGCGCGAAUGGGUCCGCCAGCACGCCCCUAAUAAAUCUCCCUCUCUCAAGCCCGGCACGGCCGGCGCCGGUAUCAUGGCGAAGAGUCGUGAGCAGCUGCGCGCCGCUGGCGGAGACGCUGCUGCCGAUGGCGAGAUCCUGUCGUCUUUGAAGAAUGACUUGCUCGCUGCUAUUCAGGCGGGCAAGGAUGUUGCCGAUCUCGUUACGAAGGUCGAGGCUGCGCUUUAUCGGUCUGGUGCGCGUGGGACUGCUUCUGCUUCUACUGCUACUACUACUUCUGCUGCUACUUCUACUGCCCCGGCUAAACCUCCCCAUCCUAGUACCCUUGAAGUCACCUUCGAUGGCGACCUUGGCAGACAGGUUUCGGAACAGCAUACUAGCAAGAGGAUUGUGCGGUACCAGCUUAACCCUCGCGCGAAUUGGGGUCCGUUGAAUCGGGCUGGAAAGUCGUGA